AUGGAUCAAGCAAUCGAUAAAUAUCAAGAAAAGGCACAAUUUAAUAUUCCAGUCACAAAAAUGUGUACAAUAAGAGGAAAAUCAAAUAUUAUUGGACGCAUGAGGAAUGACUGCAUGUGGACAUUAGAAACUGGUGACUUAAUAACACUAACAUCUGAUGAGAGAUAUGAAACAUGUUCUACAAAUGAAGUCUGUUACAUUUCAAACUUUGAGAAUAUUAUUAAGCUUCUUAGCAUUUGUGACUUGAUUAAAAUUGGAACUAAGGUUGAAUUACAUGUUGUAAAGAUAGUGGGAAGCUUUGUAACAUGCUGUGUAUAUAAAUCUGGAAUGUUGAAGUCAUUCAAAAAGCUUUUCUGUCCACAAAUCAACUUUAGUCAACAUGUAGCCGUUAAUCAAGAAAUUCGAGACUGUAACUUUGCAAUUAAUCACAAAUUCGACUUUAUAAUUGUUCCUAAUGUCCAAAAAGCUGAAUAUUUUCAUGCAAUAAAGAAGAUUACUAAGAGAACUGAUGUCAAGCUGAUUGGAAGGAUUGAAGAAGCUGUAGAUAAUGCAAUGAUUGAGAGAAUUUAUGAGCACUUUUAUGGACUGUAUGUGGAUUGUAAGGAAAUUGACUUAAAUUUCUUAUCAGCACUAAGAUCAAAAUUAGGGAAGCCAAUAUUAUCGAAAUACCCAACUGAUGGAUCACGUUAUGGAAUUCAGAUCUGUGAAGUUUGUGAUUCUUUAGAACUUAGAGUGACUUGCAUUCCAACAUUAAUUAAAGCUCAAAUAAGAUUAAAGAAAAUUACAGCUGACAUAGAUAAAUAUGCUGAAUAUAACAAGAAAUCAGGUGACAACAAAAAGUAUGCCUACAACUACUCAAACUAUGCAUCUAAUGAGGCUGUAAAGUUUCUUAUUAAACCAGUAAUUUGCAUCACAAAACGAGGAGACACUUUAAAGAAUAUUAAGAACCGGUACAUUAUAGCACUCACGAAGGAUGAUAAAAUAGCAAAAAGAAUUCAAUUACGGAAAAAUGUUGUUCCUAUGCUGUAUAUCGAUUGCGAUGAGAAAAGUUUUAAGGAACAAGUUACGGAAAUGACGAGAAUUGGAAUGAAAUACUUGUUGGACCAUAAUAUCAUAGUCAAUGAGAAAUCUGUUGCUGUGCAGUAUGAUGAUGGAGAAAUAAAUUAA